ACGCUCUGUCUCCGCCCCCUGCCUGUGUGCGGCUAGUACCGGAAGUCCCGUUCCGUCGCGAACUGGGACUGCAAGCGCACCUCUCACAGUGUAUGUGUGGCAACAACAUGUCUGUGCCGCUGCUCGCAGAAGCUGUGACGGUGUCCGGGAAGGAGAAGGAGACUGCUGUGGUGAUCUUCCUUCAUGGGUUAGGAGACUCAGGGCAUGGGUGGGCAGACUCCCUGACGGAGAUCCAGCUGCCUCACGUCAAAUUCAUCUGCCCCCACGCGCCCCCGAUCCCCGUCACUCUCAAUAUGAAGUCCAUGAUGCCCGCGUGGUUUGACCUCAUGGGUCUCAGCCCCGACUGCCCGGAGGACGAGUGUGGAAUCAAGAAGGCUGCAGACAGCAUCAAGGCCAUAAUCGAACACGAGGUCAAAAACGGGAUCCCCCCACACCGCAUAAUGCUCGGUGGCUUCUCUCAGGUUGGACUUCAUAUUUUAGCAUCAUGUUGCAUUCCACAAGAGAAAUAUUUUGAACAUAAUAAAAGUGAAAGAAUGCAGCCAUUAAAAUUGUCUCUCUCUCCGUCUGCUUCCUGUGUUCCUCCUCAGGGCGGGGCCUUGUCCUUGUAUACUGCCUUGACCUGCCAGCAUCAGUUGGCUGGCGUUGUGGCCCUCAGUUGCUGGCUACCACUCCACAGGAGUUUCCCAAUGGCAUCCAGCGGCCACAAGAACAUCCCGAUCCUGCAUUGUCACGGUGAGAUGGACGCCAUGAUCCCGGUGCAGUUUGGCGCCAUGACGGCAGAAAAACUCAAAGGCAUAGUUAACCCUCAGAUGAUCACCUUCAAAACCUACCCAGGGCUCUCUCACAGCUCCUGUCCUCAGGAGAUGGCGACUGUAAAGGACUUCAUCGAGAAGUAUUUGCCCCGAAUCUGACCUCUCCUCAUCCCCACUGUAACCCCACCUGAGACACUGACUUCUCACCCUCGAUCUGCCAUCCUCCUACAGGAAACAGCCAUGAGCCCCCCCCCCCCC